UUUUUUUUUACUUCCGCACCUAGCAUGUGGCCGUAUAUCGUCACGGAAGACGGGUUCUUUAAAAAAACAUGGUGGACGUCUGAAGUCCUCGGGAGUUGUAGUUUUAAUUUACUUUUUCCACCGCUUACGUCGACGUGACGGGGGAUUCUUUUCUUUAAUGGGACUACAAGCCCCAUAAAUCUAUGCGACGCCAGGAUACCGCGAAGAAAACUUUACAACAUGGCGGCUCUUGCGUUCUUUCGGGACUUGUAGUCCCGCUCUGUGCUGACUAAUAGAUAGCGGAUUAAAAACAAAACUACAACUCCCGGUCAGCUGCUGCCUAAACUGAGGAAAAGGAGGAGGCAAGAGGAGGAGGAGGAGGAGAAGAAGAAAGCUACAACAUGGCGGUUGCAUCCAUUCCUGAGCCCUGGGAACUGUAAGAAGCGAAGCCCCAGGAGCUGGAGCAGCUUGGACUGUGCCAGGUCCUGGUUUCGGGGUGCCAGCCCCUCAGCCUCCCCUGCUUGGCCCAGUGGAAGAGGGCCGUAUCCCCACCGUGCGUGCACAGCCAUGGGGGUGCAAGGCUUCCAAGAGUUCGUGGAAAAGCGUUGCCCGGGGGCAGUGGUGCCCGUGGACCUCCUGAAACUGGCACGGGCUGUAGGGGGCCGUGGAGGCGGGCCCCCCGCCUACUGUAGCACCUUCCACCCAUCAGCUGGCUACCCUCACCCUGCCGGGGCUGCGCCGGGGCUGGCACCCAUGGUUGGUGGUUACCCACACUCCCAACAUGCAGGGGGGUUGGCACCCCCAGCGCCAUGCCCAGCUCGGCUUCUGGUGGAUGCUGAUUCCGCUUUGCAGCGUCUGUACGGUGGCUACCAGACAGACUGGGUGUGUGGGGGCCAGUGGAACGCCAUGGUGGGUUACCUGGCUGCCCUUUCACAGGCUUGCCUCUACCAAGGUGGCCUGGAGUUAGCUGUCAUCUUCAAUGGAGGGCUUGGAAAGGAGAGGCUGCCCGAGUGGGCCAGGAAGGCUCAGGCUGAGAGACAGACAGCUCAGCUAAUUGCAGGGCAUGUGGGCAACAAAGGUACCCCGCCACCUCGAGCCUGGUUUCUUCCACCUGCCUGCUUGGGGCAUUGUGUACGUCUGGCCAUGAUUCGAUUCCGGGUUAAGGUGUUCCAGAGCCUGGAGGAUCAUCAUCAGGAAGUAGUGUCUUUCUUUCGGGAGAAUGGCUUCCAUGGACUAAUUGCCCAUGACUCGGAAUACGCUCUCUGCAACAUCCCCUCCUACUAUAGUUCCCAUGCCCUGAAGCUGAGCUGGAAUGGCAAAAACCUCACCACUAACCAGUUCCUCAUGCAAGAGGUGGCCAAGCAGCUGGGUCUCAAGCUGAGCAGUUUUCCUAUAUUUGCUGCCUUGCUGGGGAACCACAUUCUUCCAGAUGAGGACUUGGCUGCCUUCCAUUGGAGUCUUCUUGGACCGGACCACCCGCUCGCUUCACUUAAGGUACGUGCCCACCAGUUGGUCCUCCCGCCCUGUGACGUGGUCAUCAAGGCUGUAUCUGAAUAUGUCGGUGCCAUCAAAAGCCCCUCUGGCUUGGAUGUAAUAGGGAGAGAUGUCUUCAAACACUCCCAGUCCAGGACUGAAGAUAAAAUUGAACGCUUCAAGAAAGCAGUAGAAUAUUAUUCAGUGGCCAUGAAAGCACCUCCUACACCAGCCGGCCAGUCCCCGUAUGUUCUCCCAGCAUUUGGGCCUAACCACUUUGGAGGGGCACCACCUCUGAAUCGCAAUCCAAUGGUAUCACUUCCUUCUGGGAAGGCUAUGUUCGCACCCCAAAUGGGGCCAAAGAUGCAGUACCAGCCACCUGCUCCACAUGGUGGCAUUGCUGCCUCCUCAUCUUUCCUUCCGGGUCCUGGCUCCAGUUUUCUCUUCUCACCUCAUGGCUUGGCGGACGCAAUGCCGUUCCAUGAAGAUCCUGCCUUGAAGGCUGGUCACUUCAACAACUGGCCUGUAUCAUAUGACAACUGUCCUGCCAAGUUUCCUAAUCAUCACCUGGGUUCCAAACCUUCCCCAUCGUCUGGGCCUGGAUCUUCACCCUCUUCCUCUUCUGAUGGAGAAGAGCACAACGGAGCCAAUUCCAACCACGUUUCUGAAACUGUGUCUCGCAAGUCUGGCUGGGAGGAUCCUCCAGGUGAAAAGAUAAUGAAUCAAGGCUGGGGACAAUCACCUGGGAACACUGGCAACUCAGAAAGGACCUUGAGUGGACCUGAAUCCCACAUCCCUUCAUUGCUCUCUAUGGCAACCCGCAACCACAUGGACAUAACCACCCCUCCGUUGCCUCCUAUUGCUCCAGAAGUACUUCGAGUGGCUGAACAUAGGCAUCGACGGGGGCUUAUGUACCCUUUCAUCUACCACGUCCUUACCAAGGGUGAGAUCAAAAUCCCUGUGUGCAUUGAGGAUGAAUGUAACACUGAACUGCCGCCAGCAGUUGUCCUUUUUCGGGCAUCACGGCAGUAUGUAUACGGUGUCCUCUUCAGUGUGGCUGAGACGCAACGGCGGAUGGAACGCCUGGCUGUGCGCAAGCGCAUUCCCGUGGAAACUCAUCCUGUUAUCGUUAAGGAAUGGUCAGCGUACAAAGGGAAAUCACCCCAGACUCCAGAGUUGGUCUCAGCUCUUGCUUUUCGGGAGUGGACCUGUCCCAAUCUCAAGAAGCUGUGGUUGGGCAAAGCAGUGGAAGACAAGAACCGGCGUAUGAGAGCAUUUCUGGCUUGUAUGAAAUCAGACACCCCUGGCAUGCUCAACCCUGCCAAUGUACCGACACACCUACUGCUCAUGUGUUGUGUAUUACGAUACAUGAUACAGUGGCCUGGAGGCCGGAUCCUCCACAGACAUGAAUUGGAUGCUUUCUUGGCCCAGGCAGUGUCUCCUCAGCUAUAUGAACCAGAUCAGCUUCAAGAAUUGAAGAUUGAGAAACUGGAUCCCCGAGGAGUUCAGUUGGCUGCUCUGUUUAUGAGUGGAGUGGACACGGCCCUUUUGGCCAAUGAUGCUUGUGGGCAGCCUGUGCCCUGGGAGCAUUGCUGCCCAUGGAUCUACUUUGAUGGGAAACUCUUUCAAAGCAAACUGAUUAAAGCUGCACGAGAGAAGGCACCUCUGAUAGACCUCUGCGAUGGCCAGACCGAGCAGGUGUCUAAAGUAGAGAAGAUGAGGCAGAGUAUUCUGGAAGGCAUCAACCUCAACCGCCAGGCUCCUCCACCUCUUCUCCCACCUCCACCCUUCGUGCCCUCUAUGGCAGCACCUUUUUAUCCAGUGCCUCUUUACCCUCGCACUAUUGGAUCAAUGCAGCAACCAGCCCCUGGGAGGACUAGAGGCUUUACAGGACUCCAUCCAAUCCCACCACAAGGAGGCAAAUUGGAAAUUGCUGGGAUGGUGGUGGGGCAGUGGGCUGGGAGCAAACCUUCUCGGGGACAGGGCUCCUUUGGCAUGCAAGUGGUGUCAGUUGGAGGCCCAGGGAAAGGCCGUGGCCGUGAUUGCUCUGGAAAAAUCCCCAAAGGGAACAAGAAAGUAAACAAGCAAAGCUUGACCGACGGAACUGCAAAGACGUCCGAGUUCGGCAGCAACGGCAGCGGCAGCUGCAGCCGACCCCAGUCCCAGUUUAAUGGGGAUGGAGGCCCCCCCUCCAGAGCCAACGAAGAUCCCACUGUUGGAGCAUGCCCUUCAGCCACAUCACCUUGUGCCUUAGCAAGAGACACUGACUCAUGCAAUAACAAAAGCCCCUUUUUUGGGACGAUGGGUGGGGACUCUGAACGAUGCCCGGAGAACAAGCUUCCCUUCCCGGUUCUGCAGAAAGAGGAGUGAAUAGAUGCCGCUGUGGGUCCAAUUGGCUGGCAAAUGGGAUGGGUGGGUGGGAUGACAAGGUUUUGACCUGCCAAGGAUAGGAUGGGGAAAUUCAGCCCUUCCAACACAUUGGCUAGAAUGUAAAUGCAAUCAAGUGCUGGAAUAGAAUUAUUAGCUAGGCAGGGCAGGGACAGGGAGAUUGCUGUCUUGAUAGCUCACAUUAUCACAUUUGGCUAAUUAAUCGAAUUGCUCCACUACAGCAGAUAUUGUGUAGUAUUGUGUAAUAUUGUGAGGUCAAGCAGCCUUCUGGGACUUUUGCCCCUGUUUUGGAGGAUAACAUCAGCUUUUUUGCAUUCCGCCCCUCAAUUUUGCCACUGUGCCAAUCGGAUCCAUAAAGGCGGCAAUUUUUUUAAGUUUAUUUGAAUUUAUUUUUGUUUUUUAAUUUUAUAGGGGGGAAGACUUUUUAGGGGGCAAGAAUUAUGAAUUCUGGAUUUUGGGAAGGGGGAUAUUUUUAAAGGAAGAAAAAGCCAGGAAGGUUUUACUUUAAAAUGGGGCAGAUUUUUCCUGCCUGCCUUGUUUAAUUUCUUGCCAACUCCCCCACCAUCAGGCCAAAUAGCAGUAUUGCUUUGAGGGAUGGUGAUGUUGGUAUGAAUUAAGGGGUGUGUAUGAGAGACAAUGAUUUUUAAGAGAGAGAGAGUAGUACCACCACUGCAAAUUAUGCACAAGAUGCAUAUAGCGGCUGGUGUGUGCUUUUUAUUAUAUAUGAAAGAGAGAGAGAGAGAUUAUAUUUAUAUAUAACAUGAAUAGAGCUAUAUAUAAAUAUGAAUGCUACAAACCCGGAAGGGGUAAAAAUGUUCCCGGGAGACAACUUGCGUUCCAAAACGCUACGUGUUUAAUGAAUUCAAGGUCUGCUUCGCCAGUUGCCAGCAAUUGGGUCCUAUCCUCAGGUUGCGGCAGUAGAAUGAGGCAGGCCUCCUGAUACCAGACAGAACACUUCUUAUCCUUAAAACAGACAAGCACUUACUGUUACAAUUCCAGGACUGUGAGCAAAUGGCUGAAGAUAGCUGGGGCUGUAAAGAUGUGGGGUGGGUAGCCAUCCAAAUGGGGAAGUCAUGGGGUGAGGCUGCCAAUGAUAUCCAUCCUACCCAGAAAUGGAGUGGGUGCGAGGGAUUCUAGCUCUUAUUGUCAUUAAAAAGGUGACAUUGGGGGCGUUGGGGUUGGUGUUAUUGCAGUUGCUCAGCUGGUAAUUCUUUAUUCUUCUCUUCCAAGGGAAUCCUACAAGUUCAGUACACGAUCUAGAAUCUAGGAUGAAUCUAGGAUGAAUCGGGCCUUUUAGAAAUCACCCUGCCCACCCCCUCAGGCUUCACACAAUCUGCUAUCAAUUCUUAUGCUGAUGAUAAUGGGAAAAUUUUUUCCAAAGACUUGCUGAAAACAGUUGGUCGAGGUUUUCAGGAGUGUAGCUAAACUCCAUUAUAUACACACUUUUCUCUCCCAUUUCCCUAUCCUUUUGCGUUGUCUAAUUUGAAUUACACCUAUCCUUGCAGAUGAUCUUGUAGAAUCCGAAAGCCUUGAAUAUUGGAAACUUGGUAAAUCCAUUAGAAAUGUUACGUACUGAAGCAGAUUUCAAAUGCAGAAUGUUUAUAUAGAGCAGGCAGUUCAAAGUAAUUUGGGGUCAGAAAUAGAACAGGCUGAGCAUUCUGUUGGAAAGAAUUUUUAAACCAGUUUUCCAGCUGCAAACUUCUGCAGUGCAUAUUUCCUUCUAGUUUCUUACAACUUCUAUGGCACUUGAGUCAGAUGACUUGAGUAAUCUAAAAUGUGUUUGGAUUUUUAAUUUGUCUUCUGCUAUCAGUAUCCAUAGGCUGAAUGUUUCCCUUUCUGUUCCUCCAGCAGAAGGGCACAUGAUUAAACCACUGCUUGGACCAAUGGCUGGUUCCACUUCAAACCAAAAUCAGAAAAGUAUUCUUAAUAGUACAGAGUAAUUCUAUGAAAUUAAUUGCCACAAGAUAAAUGUUGGUAGCCACGACCAUACAUCCUUUAGUGAGUGAUUCAAUGUAUUAUUGGGCAACAAGUCAUGAUAACUAAAUUGAAUUUAUAUGUUCAUAAGAGAUAUUUUCUUAAAUUUCAAUUACUGCAGAAUUGUGUUAAAAAGUGAGGAAGGGUAUUAUCCAAAUUUUUAACAAAUUUAUUUGCCUUGUUUUCUGCAAAUGUAUAAAAGAGUAGUUAAAAUGGGUUUAAAACCUGAAACAGAGCAGGGUAUCUUAUUUCUACUGCUGGCUCCAUUCCCUUGGGUGAGUUAUCCACCUACCAGAUCUCAAAGCAGGAAGCCCUGAUCUUCUUCCUCCCAGUUGAGCUGCCAGAUCACUCAUCAAAAGAUUUAAACUGUUUGCUUCAGACAAUUUUUGGAAUCGAUCUCUAAUCAGUUGGCGAUUUUUGCUCUGCAGCUGUUGACUCAAACUCAUUGAGAUGGGGAAUUUCUUAUAUUGCUCUAAGAGCAGGACCUUUGGAAAUGAUCCAUGGUUGCCAGAAGGGAGGGAGCACCCGAAAAAGAUUAACCCUUAAAGGCAAGAACUUGACAACAGCCCAAGGAAAAAGUUGCUUUUACCUUUGGGAAAAUAGCUAGAGCAGUCUAAAGGGUGGGAGAGCAUUUUUGUUUGAAAACUAUCAUAGUUGUAGCUGGGGAGUAUGGGAAGUAGACUCUAUUUUAGAAAACAAAGAGCUGCUAUUUAAAGUAGUUUGUGAUACAGAGUUUGAGUAUUAAGAACUUGAUUUUUAAAAAGUAUUUCUGGUAGGUAAAUUUUGGGGGAAAAAACAGAUUUUUUAAAUAGUCAAAGCAGCACACUUUUCAGCUGCAAAAACUAGUAAUUCUGAUUGGGUUGGCGUUCUAAACCUGGAAAAGAGAAAGUUUUUGUUCUGCUGGAUAAAUUGUGAAUAACUGGCAAAUUGAUGUCUUUCGUAUUGUGAAGUACUGGCUCGACGGUUAACAAAGAGAAUCAUCUUGUUUAAAGAUAGCACUACUACUAAGAAUCAUACAUUUGGAGAGCAUCUUAUCAGCUUUCCGUCCCCAAAACAAAAAUAAAAUCUUUUCCUUUUUUUAAAAAAAAUAUUUAUUUGCAGAAUUAAUGGAACUAGUAAUCAAGUCUUUUAAAAUCUUGAUUGUUUUGUUUCUAACCUUUGCUGAUUAAAGCUAGUUGUCCAAUGCAAAAAUUGCCUUGAAGAGUCAAUCCAACUUUCAUUCAGGAAUGACUCACAUUCCAUCAGUGGAUUCCAUUGAGUACUAAUCAUCUAGAUUGUCUGGAUAAUUUUUUUUAUAUUUGGGGGAUUUGUUUUUUUAAUCAGUUAUCCCUUCUUUUCCAGUUCCCUUGGUUCUUUCAUAUUACAUCCUGUUGCAGUCCCUAAAUAACAUCUUAAAUGUUCAACUUUCUUUUGCAAGAAAUCCCCAAAUAAAACCCUGUUGUCCAGUAAGCAAAAUGAGUAAAUAAAUAAAUCCCAAUGUACCAUUUAGAAUACAGUUCUUUUAGGCUUAGUAUCUAGGUAGCAUCUUAUAUCUAGAGUUAUAAUGGCAGAAUAUUAAUCCCAAUCCCGCAUCGGGCAUUGGAUGGCAUUUGGAAGGGAGAUGUACAUCUCUACUUCUUGCAUGGAAGAUCCAACAUAAAUUAAUAAUUAUAUUUGCAGCUAUUAUCUUUUGCUAAAUGUGAAAUCCAGGUAUGAUUUUUUCUAUAAUGACCUUAAGAUUCAUGCUUUUGUUUCUUUGUUAUGAUAGCAGAACAAACAGAACUUUAAAUCACACAUCAAAGAAGAUUGGGGGAAAUAUGCUUUUUCUGGUGAUAUCCUAGCUACCCCAGUCUCAGUUGAAACAACUAAUUUGAAGAGACUGUGACUCUACAUUGUGAAAUGUACUCUAAUCUGGGCCUAACAAGGAAGUGCCCUUCUAUUCCCAGGAUGAAGGAUGGGAAAGAUAAAGACUUUCAUUUAACCAUCACAUUAUUUCCUGAUGCUGGUUGUUUAACUCUUCAAUUUGGAAUAAACAGCUUGACAUCUUCCUUUGUGUCAAUUUUGGUUUGACAGUAUUCAUGGAGGCAAGAUUCUAUCGUAAGAGUAGCAGAAAUGUCUGUACAGCCAAAUCUUUUGACAGUUCUGACGUCUAAUCCCAGAGCUACAGAUCUGCUUGCUUAUGUUAGUCAAUUAUGUAGGUUUGUUAGUGUACAGAUAAUUUGAUACAGUAUCUCACAGUUUAGGGGUAGAUAAGGCUGCCUCAGUUUUCUGUCAUCUUAAUUUUCUAACUCCAAUGCUUCAGAAGAGGAAUGGGAUCAGAGUUUGAUCAACUAUAUUGCUAAGAUAAAAAAAACCCAAAAUGUUCUGGUCCAAUCCCCAUUUCUGAAACCCUAUAGAAUUCAUGUGGUUUUAUGGUCUGUUUGGGUUGCAGAAAUUAAUAAGUCUCAGUUGAAAACUAGUUCAUUUUGCAAG